AUGAAUAUUGUUGAAACGACUAGAGCAACAGGCGAGCGCUAUGCAUUAAAAACGAUCAACCUCGUGGGUUUAUCACCAGCUAUGCAUGAACGUGUCGUGAAUGAGUCUCUAAUUUUAGCACGAAUGCAUCAUCAAAACAUCGUCAAACUCUACGAGAUCUACGAGUCAGAUUCCGCCGUGUACUUGAUUAUGGAACUGCUCUCUGGCGGGGAGCUAUUCAGCCGUCUCAUGCUCCAACCGGAGCACAAAUUUUCGGAAGAGUACGCAUGUUCGAUCGUGAAUGAUAUGCUCAACGCGAUCUGCUACCUCCACAACGUCAAGAACAUUGCCCACCGCGAUCUCAAACUCAGCAAUGUCAUGUUUUCGGACAAAUCUCCGAACGCUGAACUGAAACUCAUCGACUUUGGGCUCUCCAAAAUCCUCACAGCCAACCAAUAUGCCCACAGCGUGGUCGGUACUCGCAACUACAUCGCUCCCGAGGUGUACAUGCGCGACUACCAAGGCUCCGGCUACACCAAGGCCUGCGACAUGUGGUCUCUCGGCAUCAUUUGUUAUUUCCUGCUCACCGGCCGAAAUCCUCUUCCCUCCCAGCCCUGCACCGGUCCUCUCCAGCAGCUCUCCGGCAAGAUCCCUUAUCCCCGGAAAUACUGGAAUUCCAUUUCUCCGGAGGCCAAACAAUUCGUCGAGGGCCUUCUUCAGUUCGACCCCGCAAAGCGGCUCACUGCAUCGCAGGCGCAGGCGCAUCCCUGGCUCCGGCGGCAGUAUCCCGCGGUUCCGAAGCAGUUCCCCGCGAGUCUCGUGCAGAACCUGCAGGCGUUUCAGGGGUUCAACCGGCUGAAAAAGGCGGCGAUGACCGCGGUGGCGUACCAUCUGAACAGCGUGGGCGAUCCCCGCGGGGAUGACGGGUAG